AUGGCACCUCCGAGCGGGUCGGCGGCGUACAAAAAGAAAGAUGGCACCCUGACCAUGUCUCAGGAUCGCCAGUCGGUAUCAUGGAUUCCGGCGGCGGGUGGUGCAUCAGGGACGAUUACUCUUUCCGUGACUCAUAUUACCAAUCUCCAACAGACGCCGGCAAAUAACCCCAAAGUAAUGCUCAAGAUCUUCGUUCAACCCCCAGAUCCACCGAACGCUGCACCGGAACAAUAUGUCUUUUCUUUUACGGCCGGAGCAAAUGCGCGCCCAGAGGCGGACGCCAUCAAAGAUGCCCUGAGCAGUGCCAUUCAGGCAGCCAAGACUGCUCCUGCCGCAGGCGCACAGGAAGGCAUGUCUGCGGCAAUGGCGAUGGCGAGCGCUGUCUCGUCAACGGGCACAGGGAAAAACGUCUGGGAUGAUGAUAAUCGGCUGAAGGGGGACGUGGAACUGCAGCAGUCGCUGCUGAAAUCAGACCCCAACCUACAGCGCAUGUUCAUGGAGUCGCUGCACACGAAGCCUGAAACGCUAGGCGCAGGCCAGUUCAUGUCGCUUUUCUGGUCGACUCGGCUGCAUCUUCUGCGGGCUCAUGCUAUUGAGAAGGCGCAGAUGCGGGGCUCUUACAACGUUCUGUCGACGCUGAAGCCCCGAGUCGAGGAUAAUGUGACCAAGAUGAAUAUCAGCAAGGAGCAGAUUCAGCUCAUUUUCAACCAACACCCGCUCAUUAAGCGGGUGUAUGAUGAGAAUGUACCGAAAUUGAGCGAGCAGCAGUUCUGGUCUCGGUUCUUUCAGAGUCGGUUGUUUAAGAAGCUAAGGGGUGAGCGUAUCUCAGAGAACGAUCCGACGGAUGCUAUUUUGGACAAAUAUCUCAAAACGGAUGAGUACGCUGACUAUGAACGGGAUUCGCAUGUGCCGAAUUUCCUUGAUCUGGCUGGAAAUGAGGUAAAUAAUAGUCAACGUCGGGGAAAUCGACCGGAUCUGGACAUGAGACCGUCUGGGGUUGACAAGGUCCCUAUUAUUAGGACGCUCAAUGUUUUGAGUGAAAAGAUCAUGGCGGGUGUAGCUCCCGCAGAUCGCGAUCCUUCAGCACCGGUGGGUAUGGAUGAAGAGACCUUCAAUGAGCUGCAGCUACGUGAUUUACGAGGAGAUGAAGAAUCAAACCGGGUUCUAUUGAAUAUCCGGGACCAGAGUCGGUUCUUUUCUCAGGCUAAAGGUAUUGGGGAAGAAGAACGCCUGGUUGCAAAGAAAGACCCGGAACAGGUUAUGGGUGAUUUACGCAUCGAGGUAAAGCGGAAUCUACCUGAUGACGGAACCACGCAACUUGGUAGACUUGUCGAACCAGAUGAUGAAGAUAGUGACAACGAGGAGAAAGGACCAAGCCAACAGGUUGGAUCCAAAGCCAAUCUCCAACGGGCAUCAAAGCAGAUCCUUGAUGCGAUCCGGGAUCGUCAGGCUCAGACGGAAGUGUCUGCCGGCUCUAGUACGUAUGGUCUAUCGUCUGCUCUAUAUGACCGGUUGACCUUGACCCAUGCCACGACGACUGAAUUCCUGCAUCAAUUUUGGCAGGCAUUCCUGUCGGGCAAUUCGGAUCGUGCAGGAGAAGUGGCAUCGUUGGUUGAGUCGCUCAAUCGGGCUAUGGAGCGCAUCAAGUCCGUGGCCGCCGACGCAGAAGCAGAACGGAAGGUGGAAGUAGACCGGUUAAAGCGACAUGCCCGAGAAGUCUUCGAUGCGACGGGCAAAAAGCCCCGUAUGAAUCUAGCAGGGGUUCCUGGCGGAGAAAAGGUGGUGAACCAGCUAUUGGGACCAACCAUCAAGACAUUGGAAGUCGCAUUGGAGAAAUACAAGACGGCGCUGGCGCAGGAGAUGAAGGAGAACCCGCCUAUCGCUUAG